UUACAACGUUCUCACUCACUUCUUCACUCCUCCCCGAUAUCUCCCCCACAGCCACCACAUCACCACCAACUCACCUCCCCUCUCGACCCACUAACCAAUCGAUUUAAUAAAAACCCUCCAAGUAGAACGAGCAAAUACUACAAACAAGCAAGCAAUUCCCCCUUUUCAAAUCUCCAUUUCCAAGAAAAUCACAAAAAUGCCAAAACCCAACUCAAUAAUGGCAGUACUAGCAAUAUGGAGUUUAUCAGCAACGGUGGCGGAGUCAGGGAUAGGGGUGAACUGGGGAACGGUGUCUCUCCACAAGCUGUCGCCGUCGACGGUGGUGGAUCUGCUCAGGGAAAACAAAAUUGGGAAGGUGAAGAUGUUUGAUGCGGACCCAGAUGUCCUCAAGGGCUUAAUGGGGAGUGGGAUUCAAGUGAUGGUCGGAGUGCCCAAUGAGAUGUUGGGCUUGAUUAGCUCUUCUACCGGUGCUUCUGAUUUGUGGGUUCAGAAGAAUGUUUCUGCUUAUUUGGGUAAAGGUGGUGCUAAUAUCAGGUAUGUUGCAGUUGGAAAUGAGCCCUUCCUUUCAAGUUAUUCUGGUCAAUUUCAGUCAUACGUCAUCCCUGCUCUGAUGAACCUCCAACAGUCCUUGGCCAAAGCAAAUCUCGCUGGCUAUGUAAAGCUAGUGGUUCCCUGUAAUGCCGAUGCAUACGAGUCUUCCCUCCCUUCUCAAGGAGCCUUCCGACCUGAACUGACUGAUAUUAUGACCCAAAUUGUUUCAUUCCUUAAUUCUAAUGGCUCCCCAUUUGUUGUCAAUAUCUACCCAUUCCUGAGCUUAUAUGGAAACUCAGAUUUUCCCCAAGAAUACGCAUUCUUUGAGGGGACAAGCCAUUCUGUAACAGAUGGAUCAAAUGUUUAUUACAAUGCAUUUGAUGGGAAUUUUGACACAUUAGUUGCAGCCCUUAGCAAAAUUGGGUAUGGUCAGAUGCCCAUAGUUGUAGGGGAGGUGGGUUGGCCUACCGAUGGAGCAGUUGGUGCAAAUCUUACUGCUGCAAGGGUCUUCAACCAAGGCCUCAUAAAUCACAUUCUAAGUAACAAAGGAACUCCUCUGAGGCCAGGUGAUCCUCCCAUGGAUAUAUAUCUUUUCAGUUUUUUUGACGAAGGGGCAAAGAGCAUACUCCCAGGGAACUUCGAGAGGCACUGGGGAAUGUUCUCUUUCGAUGGACAGGCAAAGUACCCUUUAGACCUUGGUUUAGGCAAUGGGAGGUUGAAGAACGCAAAGGAUGUUCAGUAUCUCCCGCCAAGGUGGUGUGUGGCAAAGCCAUCAACGGAUCUAUCUGCCGUUGUGAAUCACCUUAGAAUUGCUUGCAGUGCUGCAGAUUGCACCACACUCAACUAUGGGGGAUCUUGCAAUGCCAUUGGAGUAAAGGGAAAUAUCUCGUAUGCUUUCAACAGUUAUUAUCAGUUGCAAAAGCAGGACUCAAAGAGCUGUAAUUUUGACGGGCUUGGUAUGAUCACUUUUCUAGAUCCUUCAAUCGGUGAAUGUAGAUUUGUUGUUGGGCUUACUGAUAGUAGUUCUUCAAGUUUUAUUAAGCAUAGCGGGUGGUUCAUUGCUUGGCUUUGGAUGUCUUGGGGAGUUUGCAUUUUUGUCUUGUGAAAAGAGUUUUCAGUAGAUGGUUUUGUCAUGGUCAAAGUGUUUGGUGAAUACACAUAGGAGAUAGGGUAGUGUAGCCUAUUGCCGAUAUAUUGUUAGAAGUUAUCAAAGUUAUUGUAGCUAGGAAUGUUGUUGUAGCAAAGAGAUGAACAUCUUAUUUACUCCAUACCCAUUUGACAAUCUAUUGAGAUUGGUUAGUCUUAUA